AUGAUCAACAACAAAAACUACAAUGCGUUCACAAAUCCAGUGGACAAGGCCUAUUUUGCCUUCCUUGAAGCCUUCAGCCAAAAAGGUGGUACUUGCCAAGUGAACGACUAUAGUACCGAUCUCCUUGAGGUGGCUGAUCACACACUCUUCUGUCAGAUCUGUGGUGUUUACGGCACGGAUAGUGUGGAGGAACUGAUCAGUCAUGCGGAACUGAAUCGCAUUCCCACAAACCUUGAUUCACUCAAUCAGCAGCUGACUAUCCACAUGUCAGGGACCUGGCACUGCAAUCUUUGUGCAUAUAGAAGUCCUUUAAAGGCAAAUUUCCAGCUUCAUUGCAAAACAGAGAAGCACGCGCAGCGACUGAGCCUCCUGCUUCACAUGUGGGAGGGCAAAGAUGGGGGAACGGGAGCAAAUCUUCCCACUAAUAACCUCAUCUUCUCUCCCUCUCCGAGGAGUAGCUUGUACUGCCAGCUUCGUUGUCUACCCUGUGGUUUCUUUACUUGCUCUGUGCACAAAAUGCGAGUUCAUUGUCAGACACCGUUGCACAGUUUUCUCGCAGGCGUCUUUGGCAUUGUGGUAAGGCGAAGAAGUCAAUUGAAGUUGUCACUUAUGACGGCUGCCGAGGGAGAGAGUUCUGCUAACCGUGCGCGGGUUAUCUACGCUUGUCGUAGGUGUGAGAUGACUUGCACUUCUUUAACAAAGCUGAUGCAGCACUUUCAAUCGGCGGAUUUCCACGAUCAUCUCGGCCAAUAUCCCCCCGAACCGGAUGAGGUGGCCGUGGUCUGGGAUUUUGAUAGACAGAGUGGAACGCAGAACGGUUUUGCAGUACUGACAGAAAAUUCACAAGUACUUCAAAAAUCAGGUGCAUGCCACAAGGAUGCAGACUGUGGCGCGAACGGCCUCACUAUAGCACCCCUUUUAGUUUCACCUCAAUCUGAAAGUGGAAUGUCGCAGUCACAGCUUGCCAGUGCAACUCAUCAGACUGUGACAGAUGGCGAGAACGAGCGCUGCAGGAUGCAUGUCACUGCCGACCCACUUUCCUCGUGGCUGAACUGCCUUAAUAUGCAAAACUCCGAACUGCUUCAAGAACUCGUGAGGUUGAUUGAUGCACAAAAACAGCAGACUAUUGCUCCACGAACAUGCGACAGCCUAUUUGCUUGGUUUGGUGCGGACAAUUCGUUCUACUCUUUUAUAAUAUGCUGGUUAAAAUAUCAAUUUCCUCAAAUAGACAGCAGUGUCUCCAACGAGUUAGUUGCACUUAUUCUUGAGCUGAUUGCGCACCAGCCUAAUGUCUCGGGACGGUUUAUGGAUUUGCGAGAGCUGCAACAACAGCAAGCUUUUGGCAUAUGCCAACAGUGUUCUACACCACGACCAUUUCUUCUGCCCUCAUCCGCAAGCCUUCAUUUUAACAUCCACCACAACGAGGAAUUACCCGCCCUAGUUCUCGAAGCUGUUGAAAAGAUGGAAAACACGGUGAUAGAGUUUGUUCGCAUCCUUGAGCCACAACAGAAUCAAGUGUCUCCGAUGAAAAGAGCACGCACUCGACUAUCAUUAAAUCAAUUGGAAGUCCUCCGAUCUAAUUUCUGCCAUACAAAUCAACUCACUGAGGCCACAGUUACAGAUAUUUGUGAGAAGACAGGACUAAAAGAAAAAGUCGUAAAACAUUGGUUUCGGAAUACCUUCUUUAAGGAGCGACAGCGAUUUAAGGAGGAUCCCUCAAAUGUGGACAUUUCCCAAACUCCUGCUGAUCAGUCAUCCACCACUGAACAUGUAGAUGAAGUGGGGAUAGUGGAUCGAGCCUCAAAGCCACCAUCUUCCACGAAGAGAUUCCGAACGCCCAUUUCCUCACUUCAGCAGGCUGUACUUUUACAAUACUUCCAAGCUGAUCAAAAUCCAAGCAGGCGGCAAAUGGACAUUAUAUCGAGCAAAGUCAACCUGCCAAAACGCGUUGUACAGGUGUGGUUCCAGAAUGCUAGAUCUCGGGAACGUCGAAUGUUUGUGAAAUAUGCUCCACAUCACUCCCAACCAACGAAGCCAAAUUUGUUUCCACCGCAGUUUCCAACACCUUCAUGGCAAUCUGGAGAAGGUUCUACCCAAGCAACAUCUAUCAGCGAACCAAAGUGCUUAGUUUCAAGCACAAAUAUUACGAGUUCCACGGCUGUCCCAGCAUCCGUCGAUAGGUUACAACAAAUAUUCAAUAGAAUCUUUACUCAGAUGCCUCCUCUUGGAAUCCUACAGCUGCCUGAUACAGCAACUGGACAGCCAUCAUUACCAUCAUCAUCAACCUCAAAAAUGACCUUACAACCUUCCGAAAGUAUCGAUAUGGAUUCGCCUCUCGAUCUGUCCACCGUUUCGUACAGAUCCAGUGACCAUCAGUCGCGCGCCUUUCAAAAUCGAAGCCCUCAUGCGGGUAGUGCAGCCACUGUUAACGAGACAAGGUCUGACAACUUUUGCCGACGAAAUCGCACUAGCAUCAGUUCCACUCAGGCACGAUUUAUGCAGUGGUUUUUCCAGCACCACAAGACUCCAACCAUCUGUGAGUGUGAAAAUAUUGGCCGUGCGAUAGGUCUCAGCAGACGAGUUGUGCAAGUGUGGUUUCAAAAUCAACGUGCCAAAGGGAAGAAAUUAGCACGUGCAACAACCAUCUGCAGCGAGGCCUCACUGCAUCAGCCAAGAGUCGAUCCUCAGGUUCUGCUAGAAGGAAACGAGUGCAAACUCUGCGAUGUAAAAAUUACGCGCAUGGGCGAGGAGGACACUGCAGCAGUUACCGAACACAUUUUCUCAAAGAUUCACAUUGACCGACUCUUUGCUACUAUCUGUCAGGGUGAUUCGUGGUCCGUUGAAAAAAGGCAAAAUUGCUUACCCGAACCAAAACUCGAAUAA